AUGCUUACUAUCAAAUUUGGCACGACUCUUCUCUACAGUAUACCCUCGAUGGUCCUCUACUUUAUGACAUUUCUAAUGGUCCGAAAGUAUUCCAAAGAUUUCUCGAGCACCUUUUUGAAACUCUACAAGAUGUUCUUUGUAUUUAACAAUGUAACAUUCUUCAACUCGUUCAUCACUGUUCGAAUACCCCAGAACACUUGUAAAGACUGCUUGAUGUCGUUUCUAUUCAAAUGGCAUACAGUUGAGAAUCCAUCAUGGUUCCCGUUGAAUUUCUUCUAUUUCAUCCAUUUUUCUAUGGCCUAUGUGCAAUUUUUCUUGAUAUUCUUGACAUCUCUAAACAGGUUCACCAUGAUUAUUUGGAGCUCUACUUAUGAGAAGGCUUGGAACAAAAUAUUCAAAUUCUUGAUUGUCUUGGUCUCUCUGUUACCUAUCCCAUUCACUUACACAAUUUUAAUAAGUUCCACUUAUUAUACCUAUACAGAAACCUUGGAUUGUUACACGGUUUCUAGUACAGCAAGCCGAGAGCACCUUUACAACUUUUUGCUUCCAUAUUUUGCAAUAGUUACAAUUACAACAGCUAUUAUAAAUGUUGCAUCUUUCUAUAAACUAUCCUGUAUGACCUAUAAAAUAUCUCUUGCCGAAAGAAAUUUACUUUUUGUCAGUGGCGCGUUGUUCAUCGUUCAAUUGAUCGCAGAUGCGAAUACGACUUUCAAUCGCUUGGCGAUCAAUGACAAUAACAAGAGUACUAUUUGGUCUCAAAUCGCUGUGACCUUACUUCCAUACACCAGCGAUGGUCUUACGUUAAUCCAUCCCUGGUUGUUUUUGGCAUUUAGUACCAAGGCCCGUCGAUGUUUCCUAUUAAUGUACUUUCCAAAACAUGUCAAGGUUUCGAGUACAACCGCCCCUAACUCUACACAUUUGACAAGAAGAAGUCAAGGACCCGGAUAUGAUACUAUUAAAUUUUGA